AUGUCCAAGACCGAAGUACUCCCUUCUAACAAAGCGACAUUCGCCUCGGUCUUCUCGCAACCUAGAAUCCGGCCGCCCAAACAUCCGCAGCGCUUCACCGCGACUGCAAGCAAACAGCUACCGGUGAUCAAGUCAAUGCUCAAAGACCAGCUACGAUCACUUCUCGGCAUAGGAAAUGAAGACUUUGUCUAUGGCAAUGAUGACUGGAUUCCUGGGAGCGGAGGUCCAUUUCGCAGCCACUUCGGAUCUUGUCCUGAGCCUCAGCAAAUACGGCAACCCACUUCUGAAGACCACACGACACAAUUAUCCAGGGAGUCUGGCUCACCGUUAUGGCCACAGCUUGAACGGUGGAAAUCGACCAUAGGAUCUUCGACACUCAAAAAACAACUCGCCAGUGUGCUAAUAGACCUUCUUGCGGAAUUCAUUACCUGGUCCUACGCGGGCGUGUACCGCGAAGGACUCGAAAGGCAUCUUGAUUUCUGGGUCGAGCACCUCCUCUCUCGGAUUGCCAAAUGGACCUGUUCCCAUCUUGAAGACGAUGGCCGAAAUGCACCUGAUCCGGCCGAGGUCAAGAAAUGGAAGGACAUGGCGACGGCCCGUCUGGGUGCACUGCGAGUCGACGAACUCUUCACCAUCGUCGUCGAGUGGGACGCAACGGCACCGGCGAUCGAAGAUCUGCGAGCAUUCACGACCAACCCUGCGACACGAGCAUAUCUAACACAAGACUUUGCAAAUGUCCUACAGGCGCGUCUCCUACAUCCCGGGGCAUCGACAGUCGAAAUUCUUCAGAUCUACAUCUCCAUCAUCCGGGCAUUUCGCAUCCUUGACCCCAAAGGUGUGCUCCUUGAUCGUGUUGCGCGUAAGCUACGUCGCUACCUCCGCGAGCGCGACGACACAGUCAAGGUCAUCGUCGUAGGACUCCUCAGUGACCCGGGCAACAGCGACGGACAAGAAACGCCCUCGGACCCGACGGUUCUCACGGAGCUUGCCGUGGAAUUGAACAACACCAAUGCGCAAUCCAGUGGUGCCGACGAUGCCGACUUUGACUGGAACAACAUGGACUGGGUCCCUGACCCGAUCGACGCGGCACCGGACUACGCCAAGACCAAGAACGACGUGAUAGGGAGCCUGAUCACGCUCUUCGACACAAAGGAGGUGUUUGUGCGUCAACUGCAAUCCUCAAUCGCAGAGCGUCUGCUCAAGAAGAACAAGGACUUCGAGCAGGAGAUUUCGGUGCUGGAACAUCUCAAGCUCCGAUUCGGCGAUGCAGCCUUGCAAGGUUGCGAAGUCAUGCUCCGCGACGUCCUGGAUUCGCGCAAGGUAGACACGGUGGUUCGUCGUGAUCGAGGCAUGCAUGAUCCGGAUUCAGAUUCACCAGUCGUACAUGGACGACGAACAAAAGAGGAAGGAGAAGGAGACGGUGUCCAUUUACACGCCAAAAUCCUAUCGCGCUUGUUCUGGCCGGCCAUGCCAGAGCAAGGCUUCACUGUGCCUCGAGUCGUGCAGCAGCAGCAGGAGAGCUACGAGGCCGGGUUCGAGGCUCUCAAACAAAAUAGAAAACUCACGUGGAUCAACUCGAUGGGACAAGUCGAGGUCGAAUUGGAGUUCGAAGACCGCACCGUCGUAGAGGAGGUCCUCCCCUGGCACGCUACCGUCAUCUACGCGUUCCAGGACGCAAGUGCGGAUGAUGGACUGUCGCCGUCGUCGUCGUCGGGUCCCGUGAGUAAGACGGUCGCAGAACUAGCAGCCGAGCUCAACAUGUCCGCGACCCACGUGCGUAUGGCGUGUGUUUCUUGGGUGAGCAAGCGCGUCCUCGCCGAGACAAGCAGAGACACAUUCGUCGUACUCGACCGGUUACCGGAUGAGAGCGACAAUGCCAUGCAGGAUGACGGCGGCGGCGGCGGCGGCAGCUCUGGAAGGGUCCACGACUCCGCUGCCGCUGCGGCCGCCGCCGUGGCGCAGGCAGCCAAGGAGGCCGAGGAGGAAGAGCGAAAGGCGAAAAUGGCAGUGUACCAUCAGUUCGUGGUCAGCAUGUUGACGAACCAGGGCGCCAUGCCGUUGUCGCGGAUCGCCAUGAUGUUGGGUAUCGUGGUGCCGGGUGGGUUCCCUUUUAGUAAUGAGGAAUUGAAGGAGUUUCUGGCCGGCAUGGUCAAGGAUGGAGUACUCGACAUUGGUCACGGAGGCGCUUAUAAAAUCGCUUCUUGA